AUGUUAAAUAGAUGGAACAUUCUAAUGGACUACUGUUACACCACACCCUCUGGAAACCCUAACGAUGACCUCCGCUAUGAUCUUUUCUUUAGCUGUGAAAAAGACCCCCAGACCACCGUCUUUGAAAAUGGGAAGAGCCAAAUGGGCCGCUUUGCCUUUGAAGUAUUCCGCUUUGUAAAGCACAAGAACCAGAAGAUGUCCACCGUAUUCCUGCACUGUGUCACCAAGCUGUGUCGAGCAGAUGACUGUCCAAUGCUCAUGCCAAUCUGUGGCAGCAGGAAAAAGAGAGAUGUCUCAGAGGGAAAGGAAUCAAACGUUGCAUCUGGGAACGCCGUCCUGACUGCUGGGCCUAUCAUCACUCGGAGUGAUGAAACGCCAACCAACAACUCUCAGCUGGCCCAUCUGAAAGCUCCAGUGUUUCAGAUAAACACAGUGACAAGUGCGCUCAUCUCAGGCAUGAUCAUCCUGGGCGUCAUGAGCGCUUGCUUCUUUAUCUUCUCCCUCACCCUCCUCAAAGGCAAGAGCACUCCUGUCAGCACCCUGUCUGGAGUUCGCAACCCAGCCUUCAACUGACCGCCUCAACCCAACUUACUGCAGACACUCCUCCACAACCCACAAUACUAAGCAAGAGGCAAACAACAGAUGUGACAUGAUUGUGCAUGUAGUGAUUUUACGGGAGUAUAAAAGCUAAAUGUCGAUGUGCAUUAGUGUAGAAGUAAAGCAGGAAUUUUUAUAUGUCGUUCUGUACAUAGCGUUUCAACAAGUGGCAGGCUAGGCCUCAACCUGCAUGUGAUCAUUUGUCAUGCAGCUUUGACCCACAUAGUGGGGAUACUCAUAACUUAAUUCAAUACCUCAGCUAUACAGCUUUCAAUUGCAGGGUAUGUAUAGGAUCAAUUACAAAGCUUAUUACAUUAUAAUAUCUCAUAAUCUGCUGGUAAAACUUGCAUUUCCUGCUAAGAGGCCAAAAUAUAAGACCAGUUAAUUGAAAAUAUAACUUGAGAGACUGAGGGAAACUCUUCUGUGUAAAGUUAAGUUGAUUAAGUGAAUAAGUGAGCUAGCCAAAAGCUUGGUCAUUAAGCUUAAGUUUUCUUGCAUAAAAUCUAACUUUUAAUAUGACAUUGAUAUAAUAAUAAUAAUCUUUAAUUUAUUAAUAUUGCUAUAUAUUAGACAGA